CCCCCACCACAACAGCUAUGUCUGCCACUAUGACGACGGCGAGAGGGUCCGGUCUAGUUUGGUAGACGUCGAGCAAUCUUCUUCGGCUUCCAGCGAGAGAGAUCGCCCGAUCGCUCCUUCUCCACAGCCAAAUAUAUUGGCCCCUGGGAUGAAAAUGAAACGCACCAAUCGCCCUGGAUCAUUAUUAUUAUUAUUGUUGUUGUUACUGUUGUUGCUGGUCUUUCAUUUAUCGUCGUUGCCAUUCGAUUGGACUUAAGCGAAACUGUCUGUCAGAAGAAGCCAUGAAACCUGUCUUGCCUUGACCAGUGGCCAAAGACUGCUGUCCACCUGAAGAUAAAAACCAAAAAACAAUGCAGAAAGAAGGCUCCGUUGAAGAAACACUCCUCUCUGUCCAGACUAGAAGACCACAUAUCAACUAACUGGAUGCAAACACAUUAUUGACUGCACACAUAGACAUACCUACACACGUACCUAUAUUCAUACACACUUUGUUCUCUAGCUCGCCUGCUCUGUCUGUGUGUGAGUGUGUAGUUUAUAUAUAUAUAUAUUCAUAAAUAUAGUGUUUGUUCUCUUUUUUAUUAUUUUAAGGAAGGACUCUUAAAAAAAUCUCUAUGAACUUUGAAGCAAACAUGGAGAAACUCCCUUCGGAUGGAAAACCACCAGUCCAUGGGAACAUUGCUCGGAAGCAAUUUCCCACACCCCCUAACAGCCUUCAGCCUCAUCGAAUGCAAGAUGUUAAUGAGAAAACAUUUCCCAACCAAACGUAUGUGAACCAGUUUGCCCAGAGCUACUACCUGCAGACUCAUGGGCUGAUGCAUACAAAUCAAAAGUUAUUUCAUGGACACAUCUAUGGCAACCAGUUUCCACAGAACUGCUACUUCCAGACAUAUGAAACUAUGCACGCUAUUGAGAAGCAAACGCAGAGUGCUGCGGCAGCAGCAGCAGCUGCUGCUGCCGCCGCUGCACCGUGUCCUAAACAGUCCCCCCAAAUGCAGCCCAUCGUAAACAAUAAGCCAGUCGUAGCCAACGUGCCGAAGCCGCAGCCCCCUUCGACACCUGUGAAGCCGUACCAGUGCGACACCUGCCCAAAACAAUUUGCUCGCCGAAACACACUGCAGUUGCACCAGAGGAUCCAUACUGGUGAGAAACUGUUCCAAUGCAGCUUUUGUGAAAAACAGUUUAUCCACAGAGAUAAGCUGCAAAUCCACGAGAGGAUUCAUACGGGUGAAAAGCCGUUUCACUGUGAAUUUUGUAACAAGCAAUUCUCUCGUAAGGACAAACUGAAAAUUCACCGAAGCACGCACACGGGAAUCAGGCCCUACAAUUGCAGUUACUGUGAGAAACGAUUCGUCCAGAGAGACAAGCUGAAAGUCCAUGAGAGGAUCCAUACGGGGGAGACGCCGUUUCACUGUGAAUUUUGCACCAAACAAUUUUCCCGCGGUGACAAGCUACAAUUACAUAGGCGGACACAUACAGGUGAGAAAUUGUUCCAUUGCCAUUACUGUGAGAAACAGUUUGUUCAUAGGGAUAAGCUUCAGAUUCAUGAGAGGAUUCACACAGGUGAGACGCCCUUCCACUGUGAAUUUUGUCCGAAGCAGUUUUCCCGUAAAGACAAGCUGAAAAUUCAUAAGAGUACACACACGGGCGAAAGGCCGUACCAGUGUAAAUAUUGUGAAAAACAGUUUGUCGAAAAGGGGAAAAUGAAGAUCCACGAGAGACUCCAUACGGGAGAGAAGCCUUUUCACUGUGAAUUUUGUCCGAAACAAUUUUCUCGAGGUGACAAGCUGCAGUUGCAUAGAAGGACACACACGGGUGAGAAACUGUUCCAGUGUAACUAUUGUCCGAAGCAGUUCGUCCAGAAGGACAAACUGCAGAUUCAUGAAAGGACUCAUACAGGGGAGAAACCCUUUCACUGUGAGAUCUGCUCGAAACAGUUUGCGAGGAAAGACCGUCUGCAAAUCCAUCGAAGGACUCACACCGAUGAAAAACCUUUCCAUUGUGAAAUUUGCUCAAAAAAAUUUGCCCAAAGGUAUCACUUGAAGAUCCAUAGACGAAUACACACAGGCGAAAAACCAUUUCACUGUGAGAUUUGUCCGAAGCAAUUUGCAAGGAAGGACAAACUGCAGAUACAUACAAGAAGUCAUACGGGCGAGAAACCGUUUCAGUGCGAUAUAUGUCGAGAACAAUUCGUCCGGAAACCUCAACUGCAAGCACAUAAAAAGAUACAUGCAUCUCCUGAUAAGCCACUGAAUUGCGAAAUGUGUAUGCAACAAUUCCCUCAGCGAGAUGCUCUUCAGAUGCACCACAGAAUACAUGCCACGAGUACAUCUCCACCACCACAGUGUGACAUAUGUACAAAGCAGUUUGCCACCAUGGAAGAAAUGCAAAAUCACAAAAGAAUACAUAAACCUGUCCGGAACAAUUUCUUGAAGCCAACUUCAUGCAAAAACAUCAAAGAGUACACACCGAUGAGUACUCUGUUAUGGCAGACUCUCUACCCAGGUCCCGGUUUACAGAACCAAGUCUGAACUCCGAUCUUUAUUUCUGCUUCUUCAAAGAAAACCCUUCACAGCAUCCCACCAAUUAAACUACAAGAAAAUAGCAGGAGUCGAUGACGAAAGCUAUAGAAGAAAAUUUAAAGAGAAAGAGCUUUGAACCUUGAAUUUGGCAGGAAAAAUCUCACCAAGUAUAAAAAGUUCUUUGAUAUAUACACACAUACAUGUAAAUGUAUAUAUAUGUAUAAGUAUAUAUAUGUAUAUAUAUGUAUAUGUAUGUAUAUGAAAUUUUUUUUUCUACUGUUCAGUUUGAGACCGUUACACUUUUCAGUGUGUUUGUGUAUCAGUGAGUAAAUCUCAUUCGAACUUUUAAACCCCUCCACGCCCCCCACCCACAAAAAAAAAUUAUGCUUCAGUUCAUACGUCUGCACUCAGUUCUACUUUCACAGCUGGCUACACCCCACACCUGAGCUCUUUGUUUACGCCGCAUCCUCCUAACCAUUGAAACGACGACACAUUCUCAUUGAAGCUUAUCUCUAGAAAACAACCUCAUAACCACACGUAAAGAAAUGGAGGAAAUUUCUAUGAAAAUCUCUUUUUUUUUAAAACGGGAUAUUUUUUAUGUCAUUGUGUUCCCAACAGAAGAAUUCCACUGAUGAACACAGAUGUUUCCAAUUGGAAUAAAUUCAGCCCCCAACCAUUGAAUCUUUUAACUUUACAUGAAAAA